AUCAGAACAUCUCAUAGUGUGAUCGUGGAAGAAGAUGGCACUACCUACAGAAAGGGAUGCAAGAGACCCACGGGAAGUGAGAUUGGAGGCACUCCACCCAACAUAAGCGCGUGUUCCUCGAUUCAGCCAAGUCCACAAUCUUCGUCAUUCCCGAGUCUAGUGCCUUCCUACCACGCUAGUCCAACCUCUUCCUCCUUCCCCAACCUCACUCCCAUUGACGCAAACCCCGAUUCCUUUCUCAUCCCAUUCAUUCGCAACAUAACUUCAAUCCUCGCCAACCUUCCCCCUCUCAGGAUAUCCAACAGCGCCCCUAUCACCCCACCUAUUUCCUCUCCCCGAACCUCCAAGCGCAAGGCUGACUUCGAUUCCCUCUCCAACGCUUCCUUCCGCCACCCUCUUUUCGCCACCUCCGCCCCCUUCGGUCCCUCGCGCCGCCACCAUGUCGCGAAUUCCACCAUCCCCGAGUACGACGAGUCUGACGCUUCCACCGUCGACUCUGCCUCCGGCCGUUGGGUUAGUUUUCACUGUCAGACCCCCGUCGGUCCCAUUUCCCCUACUUUCAACCUCAUGAAACCCGCUCUGCACCAUAUCGCUCCUCAGGAGGGCGUACAGUGGGGUUCCGUUGCGGAGAUAGGCAAAGGAGUCUCUGAUUUUGAAUUCGAGAAUGGCAGAGUAAAGCCUUGGGAGGGUGAGAGAAUACACGAGGUGGGAAUGGAUGAUUUGGACCUUACUCUCGGAUUCGGAAAAUUACAAGCCAUAAACGCAAGGUUGGAUAAUAAAUCGAAUAGAUCUGAAUCAAGAAAUCAGUAA